CCCGCCCCAGUAGUGCGUCUGGAGACCCCUGGGUGGGAUCCUCCGGCUGCUCCAUGUUUCCCCAGCAGCUCCGCCUGCUGAGUGCGGUGGUCCUGAUGCUGUUCGAGGCCGCGCGGCCUCAGGCGUCCUCCUCCCCUACUGGGGCUCUGCCCACCUCUUCGGUCCUGGAGCCACUGCCGCCGGAUGGGGGGACGCAGCCCUCCUCCGUGGGAACUGCAGCUCUGCCGGGCCGUCCUGGAACCCCCUCCGCGCCGGGGAAUAAGACCACGGACCCAUUCCCAGCCUUGCCCAUCUGCGUCUGUGACUUGACUCCUGGUACCUGCGAUUUAAACUGCUGCUGCGACAAGGACUGCGAUCUUCUCCACCCCAGAACAGUUUUCUCCUUCUGCCUUCCGGGGAGUGUAAGAUCUUCAAGCUGGGUAUGUGUCGACAACUCCCUUAUCUUUAGGAGCAACUCCCCAUUUCCUUCAAGGGUUUUCACGGAUUCUAAUGGGAUUACACAGUUUUGUGUCCAUGUGAACAACUCAAAAUUAAACUAUUUCCAGAAGCUCCAAACAGUCAAUGCAACCAACUUCCAGGCCCUGGCUGCAGAGUUUGGAGGCCAGUCAUUCACUUCAGUGUCGCAGACCCAGCCGCCACUACCUUUUUACAGGGCUGGGGAUCCCAUUCUGACUUACUACCCCAACUGGUCUCUAAUUAGCCUACUGAGGCAGCCUGUGGGAGUAGGAGCUGGAGGACUUUGUGUUGAGAGCAAUCCUGCAGGUUUCUUAGAAAACCAAAGGACAACCUGCACCCGUUUCUUCAAGAACCUGGCCGAUAGCUGCACCUCGGAUCCAGCCCUGGAUGCUGCUUCUUACUCUAACUUCACAGUUUUGAAGGUUCCAAGGGGUAUGACUGAUCUUCAGAGUAUGAAGCAGUUCCAGGUUCCUGUAAUACUUGCCUCACAACCUAGUCCUCCUCUGUUGGCUGGAAACAUCUGUCAGAAUAUUGUUUCCCAGGUCAUCUAUGAGAUAGAAACCAAUGGGACCUUUGGGAUCCAGAAAGUCUCUGUCAGCAUUGGACAAACCAACCUGUCUAUUGAGCCAAGUGUUUCCUUACAGCAAGACUUCAUCAUUCACUUUAGGGCAUUUCAUCAGAGCACAGCUGCUCUUCCUGCUGGUCCUAGAAGUGGGAAUCCUGGCUAUAUUAUUGGGAAGCCACUCCUGGUUCUAACUGGAGACUUAGGUCACUCGAUGACUUUGUUGCAGAGCCAGGGAAACGGAAUUUGCUCUGCUAAGAGACAUGCAGUACAGUUUGGAGUGAAUAUGAUGUCUGGAUGCACGUUAAGGCUGAAGGAGGUGAACUGCAGCCUCCUUCAGAAGGAGAUUUAUCAGACUCUUCAUGGAAGGCCCAGACCAGAGCAGGUUGGCGUGUUUGGCAAUGCUGACCCUGCCCAGAAAGGAGGGUGGACCAGGAUCCUCAGCAAGAACUGCAGUGUUUCAGCUAGGAACUGCCCUUCUUGCUGUUCCAUACCAGUUUCCCUGGAGAUUCAGGUGUUGUGGGCGUAUGUAGGCCUUCAGUCCAACCCACAAGCUCAUGUGGCAGGAGCCCGAUUCCUGUACCAAUGCAAGUCCAUGCAGGAUCACCAGCAAGGAACAGAAGUAUCUUUGACAACUCUUGUGAACUUUGUGGACAUUACUCAGAAGCCAGAGCCACCAAGGGAUCAACCUAGAACGGACUGGAAAUUGCCGUUCGAUUUCUUCUUUCCCUUCAAAGUGGUGUUCAGCAGAGGGGCCAACCUUCAGAGGGACUUAGUCUCUCCCAGCCUUAUCCUGUGUCUCUUACUACUUGGAGCUCUCAACUCACAGACUAAGUAAAGAAAGAACAGUCAGGUUUCAUUUUUUCCCUAUGGGAAAGCUCUAAGGCAGCCUACUUGUCUUGGCUAAACAGAGUCUUGCAUUUAGGAAAAUAAAACCUAAUUAAAGGAUUUUUUGUAUAUGAAAGAAGAUAUUUUAGAAAAGCAAUAAAAACAAGUUCAUUAGAGCUCUCUGCUUAGGCUCUACAGGACCUCAGGUACACAUUGGGUUCUCUGCUGCUCAGUCUGGAGAGGCCAAGAGCCUUCUGCCUUUCAUGUUGCAUUUUGCUUCACUAAAGUUUGGGAGAUCUGUGUCUAGUUAGUUGCUCACAGCUGCUGUCACCCAAAAUGAACUCAGGAUGGCUGACCUCUGGACUUGUACUAACAACUCAGGCCCUGAACUGCU